UAUGUAUAUAAAUACGAGGCAAGCUGGGUGACAGCUCUCUCUCGGUAUGUACCCUGACGAACGUAACGCGCAAUAAAAGGUUAACCAAGUAUACAGAGUUUCUCUUAAUCCUGCUAUUGCUUGAGCUGGCUAAACGUGGCCCCAAAACGUUAUAAUUGGCGACGAGGAUAUUGGUAACGCGGCCGGAGUGUGGAGAACGUCCCUGGAACGGACUUUUCCAAGACUUGUAGUGACCACGUGCGUGAGUGCGGCGUGCAAGUAACGGGUAAAAAUGGCGUUGAUCGGACAAGUAACGGAGUUCAAUUUGUCGAGCGACGACUGGACAAUUUAUAGUGAACGAUUAACACAGUAUUUUUGUGCCAACAAAAUACUUGAAGAGAAAAUCAAAGUCGCGACGCUGUUAAGUGUAAUAGGUACUAGUACGUACAAACUAGUGCGAGACCUUUGUUACCCCGCGCAGCCAGCAGAAAAAACAUACCAGCAACUAACGGACAUAUUAAAGGAUCAGUUGGGACCACGAAAAUCCAUAUGGAGGGAAAGAAUCAGGUUUUUCCAGCUUCAACAGGUGGAAAGCGAGUCAGUAAGCGAGUUCUGUGCAAGAAUAAGGGGACAAGCAGCCAACUGUCAAUUCGAUGCAGAAUUGGAGGGACACCUGAAGAACAAGUUUGUAACAGGCUUAGUAUCAAAGGCAAUUCAGGACCGUCUUUGUGAGGAGCCCGUGUCGAAGACCAUCAAGGAUCUGGUGCAAAUUGCGCUGCAGAAGGAAGCAGUGGUAGAAGACAGCGCUCAGGUGCACGUGCUCAAGAAUUCAAAGUUCCCGCGAUGGAAGACCGGAUGUAGGAAGGAAUCGUCCAGCGCCGGAAGGUCAACCGAAGGGGGAGGAGCCAGGCCGACGCAGACGUCCACGACAAGUCAGAGGACAAGAUGGCGGAGUAGGGUUCAAAACAAUGACAAACGGCAGGAUGAGCCCAGUGGAAAUUUGUGUAAGAGGUGCAAUAAGAAACAUGAGGGACAAUGUAAGUACCUGAACUAUUAUUGUAACAAGUGUGGAAAAAAAGGCCAUUUAAAAGCGGCAUGUCGAGAGCAGCAGCAUUUGAAUUAUAUGAACAUAUUAACAGUGCAAAAUAUAAUCAAUAGGCAAAAUCCGUUUGCAGUUAAUGUAACAAUAGACAGUAAAAUUUUUUGUAUGGACUUAGAUAGUGGGGCUUCUGUCAGUUGCAUAAGUGAAAAGACUUAUUUCAGAAACUUUGCAAGCAAUUAUAGGUUAUCAAAAGAUGCCCUUGUAUUGAAGGGAUAUAACGGUCUAGAAUUUCAACCCAGGGGUUAUAUAGUGGCUAAUGUAACAUAUAAUAACAUAACAAAGAAGGUUAAAUUUUAUGUAGUGCACUCAGGUACCGUUAGUAUCUUGGGAAGAGAUUUCAUGAAAAAUUUUAAGAUACAAUUGAGCAUGGUCAAUACGGUAGUUAAGGGUGAUGUAAUGAAUGGAUUAGUUAGUAAAUACAGCGACGUAUUUAGUGAAAAGCUAGGAUGUUUUAAACUAAGUAAAGUCUCAUUACAGCUGAAGCCUGGGGCUCGACCUGUCUUCUGCAAGCCAAGGAACGUGCCAAUAGCAUUUAAGAAGCCUCUGGAGGAGGAGCUGAGGAAAUUGGAAGCCGAAGGAGUGAUAUCGCCGGUCGAAAGCAGCCCGCACGGAACACCGUUGGUAGUUGUUCUCAAAACUGAUGGCAAAAUCAGGGUGUGUGGAGAUUAUAAAUCGACAGUGAAUCGAUACUUGGAAGAGGUUAGGUACCCUUUGCCUAAAAUCGAUGAGAUAUUCUCAAAGCUUCAUCAAGUUACAGGAAAAGAUGACGAGGAGCACAUUAGGAUGCUAGAUAAUGUAUUGAGGAAAUUGCAGGACGCGGGGCUGACUGUAAAAGCGGACAAAUGCAAGUUUUUCCAGGAUGAACUGGAGUACCUGGGACAUAAAAUAACAAAGGAAGGUAUAAAGAAGACUGAGGAUAAAGUGGAGGCGAUCGUAGCGGCACCGACACCCACUAACGUCAGUGAAACCCGAAGCUUCAUAGGAAUGGUCAACUACUAUAGCAAGUUUAUUCCAGAUUUGGCCACGAAGCUAAAGCCCAUAUACAAUUUGCUGAAGAAGGAUAGUAAAUUUCGGUGGAAUAAAGAAUGCAGCCAAGUGUUUGAGGAAGUAAAGCACCUCAUUGCAGAGGACAUGAUUCUGGUGCAUUUUGAUCCCGAUAAGCCCAUAAUCGUCACCACAGAUGCAAGUAAUUACGGUAUUUCAGCAACCUUAAGCCAUUUAGUUAAAGGAGAAGAGAAGCCCGUAGCAUGUGUCUCGAGAACGUUGAGCCCUAGUGAAGAGGCGUACUCAACAAUACACAAGGAGGCACUGGCUAUCUAUUUUGGGGUAAGAAAAUUCCAGCAAUAUUUAAUCGGUCAUAAGUUUACGUUAAAAUGCGACCAUAAGCCAUUAUUGGCUAUUUUUGGCGAGUACAAUCAGAUCCCUAUAAUGCAUGCAAAUCGAUUGCAAAGAUGGGCUAUCUAUUUGGCAAAUUUCAAUUAUACAAUACAGUACAUUAAGGGUUGUAAUAAUCACCUGGCAGAUUAUCUGUCAAGGGCGCCGUUGAGGAUUAAAACCGUAGACAAAGACUACGAGGGCAAAGAAAAUUAUUUUAAUUAUGUUCACAGCUAUGAAGGAUGGCCAGUCGACAGUAAGACGGUGACAGAAGAGAGUAGGCAGGACAAGGUGCUGAGGAAGGUCCGGGAAAAAGUACAGGGUAACUGGACCAAGCUAGAUGAAGAAGAGCUCAGACCGUACUUCGUCAGGAAAGACGAGAUAGUUGUCGAAGGAGAUAUGCUAGUAUGGGGACAUAGGGUCAUCAUUCCAAGCCGAUUAAGAAGGAGGAUGUUGGACGAACUUCACGCCUCGCACUUGGGCAUCGCGAAAGCCAAGGCGACAGCCAGAAGUUAUAUGUGGUGGCCGAAGAUGGACGAAGACAUUGCGGCCACGGUAAAAGCCUGCAUGCCGUGUCUCCACCAAAGAGCAGACCCUCCUAAAGCCGAACUCACGCCCUGGCAAGUGGAAACGGAACCAUGGUCAAGAGUGCAUGCGGAUCACCUAGGGCCUCUUCAGGGGAAGUACUUCUUAAUAAUGGUUGAUGCGUACAGCAAGUUUCCUGAAGUCUACCCAGUGAGGGCACUAGCAAGUGAGGUAACGGAAGAAAAAUUCCGAGACGCUUUUUCCAGGUUUGGACUGCCUCGAACGCUUGUCACAGACAACGGCAAGAGCUUCACGGCAGCAAACAUGAAAAGAUUUUAUGAACGGAACGGAAUUAAACAUAUUACCACGCCAGUGGCAAACCCCCAAUCAAACGGUCAAGCCGAAAAUAUGGUGAAAACUUUUAAAAAUAAAAUCAAGGCAGCCCUAUUAGACGAAAGAAAUAAAAAUGUUGAAAUGUCUGUUUUAAUUUCCAGAUUCUUGCUAAAUUACAGGACCAGCAUUCAUGAGACGACGAAGGAAACCCCAUCGAAAUUGUUAAUGGGGAGGAAUCUGCGAAACAGGUUAGACUUCUUGCAGGAACCGAGACUCCAAAGAAACGAGGCGGUCUCAGUAAACAUGCGAAGGGCUCAAGAAAAGCAACGGAAGCACUAUAGCCAGAGUAAAAGACGACAAUUUAAGGUGGGAGAAGCCGUGAUGGUGAGAGACUACCGGAAAGUGAACACGAGACAGUGGACAGAAGCUCAGGUUGAAAGAGUACUAGGGAGAUCCACGUUCUUAUGUAGGCUGAGAACGGGCGAAGCAUGGAAGCGGCACUCAAACCAGAUCAUAAAUAUCGGAAAGCUACAGACAGGUCGAGAACCCAAUGAGGCAGGCACAGCGAAACCGUGCGACAGCUCAAGUAAGAUAAACGAUAGCCAUAGACAGAAGACCGUAAGUAAUAGUUAUGUAAAUAAAGACAAUGUAUGCACUGGAGACAAUAUAGACAAUAAUGUGAAAGAGACUGACUGUGUUUUGGACGAAAUAGUGUUAUUGACUGAAAAUGACCCUAAAAAGUGUGACAAAAGUGGAAGUGAUGCCACUGACUUAAGCGGUUUUGAACGGGAAACUAACACUAAUAAAAAUUGCAGUAAGAACACCGACCAGGGCAUCGCAGCCGAGCAAGCAGAGCAGAUGAGCCAGCGAUGCGACGAGGAAGAAAGAGUACCAGGGAAGACGACCGAACAACAAACCGGGGAGAAGACGGCCCGGGAACAACCGAUAAGGGGGACGGACCAACAGCCCGAGAGGGAGAGGACGCUCCGAAGUCGACCAGAGAGAGUGAGGAAGAAACCACAAAGGUUUAAUGAUUUCAUAACAUAGAGGAAUAUAAUGUUAAAAGUAGACUUUUUAUAGUAACGCUAGCACCCCUCAAUAAAUAAGUAGUUGAGCUUAACUCAAAUAGAAAAUAUAAAAGGAAAUUGGUCACAGACCUAGAUUUUAUUAGAUUACUGUAUCCACAAGUGAUAGGGAAUAUUUUAAACUAAUGUAUUGUAAUUGUAAGUGUUUGUACCUAGGAUUUUAAAGUGUUAAGUAGGUAAAAGGGUCUUUGGCAACUAAAAAUGGGGGUGUGGCGUAUUGAUAGAUGCGCACAUGCGCCGAUAUGUAUAUAAAUACGAGGCAAGCUGGGUGACAGCUCUCUCUCGGUAUGUACCCUGACGAACGUAACGCGCAAUAAAAGGUUAACCAAGUAUACAGAGUUUCUCUUAAUCCUGCUAUUGCUUGAGCUGGCUAAACGUGGCCC